CAACACACACACACACACAGGCAGGCAGACUGAGCACUUUUGUGACAUACGUACAUCCAAGCAAACAAACAAGUAGGGGCAAGUAGGCAGGCCGGCAGGGGGGUCAUGUGUGUGCAGCUGAGGCUCGCUCAUCUGUGCGCUCCCCUGCCCACAUGCAUUCGGGAGGGGGCCCGGCGUACUCAACAGUCCAAAUUUCUUGUAUGCGGUCCAAGCACUGCACACCAGCCUGUGUGUAUAUGGUCACUCAUCGACUACACACGUCCAUUCGUCUGCCUGUCUGAUAACGUACGUACCUUCAGGUGUCUGUGUGGGUGUGUGGAUGUGCGAAGGAUGCACGAGGCAAAAGCGAAGCAGCAGCAGGAAAUGCGCGUACCCAUCAAUUCCCCUCCCUCCCUCCCUCGCUCCCCAUUUGUCGCGCCAACCGCCAACCGGCCGACACCCACACCAGGUCGUGUGUGCGUGUUGGCCUAUUGGCCACCCCCAAACAAACCCACGAAGCAACACACACGUGCAACACAACACGCAACAGCCACACACACAUGAGUCGACUCGAAUUGAUUUGGGAUUGCUGGUAGCCUGUCUGUCUGUCUGUCUGUGUGGAUGCGUGGAUGGGUGGCAAAAGCGAAGGAACAAAAUUGCAGCAGCGAAACACAAACACACACACACCCUCCCUCCCUCCCUCCCUCCGCCAUUCAGUUGCCGUGUGGUGCGAUGAAAGAGUAAAAACAAAAAGAUAAUGACAACAAAAAUGAGAGUGCGCGAGAGUGCGGUAGAGAGAGUUUGUGUAUGUGUGUGUGGAUGGCCCCAUAUAGAUGACAUAGACAAGGCUUUGGUUGUCCCAUCAUCACUUCCCCCCCCCCCACACACACAGGUACACAGAUACACCUGUUUGUUGAUCUGUCUGUCUGUCUGUCUAGCUACCCGGCCCCCUCAGCGCCUUCAGCCCCGCCACCUCUCCCACUCCCUCAACGCCGACGUGCUGCUCCAAGAAGGCCAGACUGACCCUCAUAAAGCUGCGGUCAGCAGCACUCGGUGUCAGGGAGGGCACCAGUCGCCAGGCGUUGGGCAGCAGCACCAUCAGCAGCCCCACCAGAAGGCAGCACACAAUGACGACGCGCAGCGUCACCUUGGCCCACUCUACACCGGUCUCGCUCACAAGAUCCCCGCCACCGCCCCAGCCGCCCUUGGUGCCCUUGCUGUCGUCCGCAGAGGGGUCGUUUGUGCGUGCGGGAGGGGUGGGCGGGCCCUUGUGGGAGAUGCACGAGAAGGGCGGGAUGAUGACCCGGAUGUCUGUCGAUGGGGUGGUGCUGGUCGACGGGGUUGAGAUGGCGGCGGUCAGCUCGUGGUCCUCGGGAAUGGUCUCCAGACGGAAGGCCGAGUCGCGAAAUGACCGGUAGUGCCGCCGACUCUAUGUGACACAGACAGACAGACAGACAGACAGACAGACAAGUGUGUGUGUGAAUGUGUGUGUGUGAGAACCAACCAGUGUGUGUGUGAACCAACCAGUGUGUGUGUGGGUGGCUCACUGACGCGGUCAAGUGAGAAGGGGAUAAUUUCUCGACUACGGUAUAUUGGUCCAUAGUACAUGCGCACCAA